CCUUUAUAUAUUUUUCUCCCCACUCUUUAAGUUUUUUUCAAAAAGAACUCUCCAACUUUUUUGAAAAAAUAAAAUAAAAUAAAAAAAAAUAUGUCUUUGUCUCUCAAGUCUCUUGUUCAAAACUCUAAGCUUCUUUCAAGCUUCUUGAAGCCUGUUGCCAAGGCAUAUGCCGGCGCUGCUGGUUAUAGACAAAUUGGUCUUCGUUAUGAUGAUUUAAUUGCUGAAGAGAGCGAAUUAGUUCAAGAAGCCCUUCGUCGUCUUGAGAUUGCCGAACCUCGUGCUGCUUAUGAUCGUGCUUACCGUAUCCGUGUUGCUCAACAAUGUUCUUUGAGUCAUCAACUUUUACCCAAGGAUAAGUGGGUUACUGCUAGCGAGGAUAUCAGAUAUCUUCAACCUUACAUUGAUGCAGUCGCUUCUGAGACUGCUGAACGUGAUGCUUUCGACAACAUCAAGGUUGCUGCUCGCCAUUAGAUUUAAUAACAAAAAAAAAAAGUCAUAUUUUUUUUUUUCCUUCAUCUCUCACUUUAUUUAAUAAAAGAAACCCCUUCCCUUGGAUAGUGUUUUAUACUAGGAAACAUCAGAUUAUACCAAGCCAAAAAAAAAAAAAAAAAAAAAAAAAUAAUAAUAAUAAAGUCGUGGAUAAGCUAUGAAUGAUAUAGAGAGCCUUACUUGUCAUCUGGGAUAAAUAGAC